CAACACUACCACUCCGACCCAUACAAUGUUUAGAGAAUUUUGGUAGCAUUGGGUAAAUAUGUGAUGAUUUUAAACGACGCACAACAAACGAGCAACUAAACGAGCUGAAAAUUGAGAGCCCAGCGCCAGGAGGCCCAAGGAGAGGCCUUUGCGAGGAAGACCACGUCAACUCGCUAAUAGAACCCUAGAAAACACGCACCCACCCGCACACAGAAUGUAUUGCCUGCAAUGCCUGCUACCCGUAUUACUGAUACCGAAACCCACAAAUCCGGCCCUGAUGGAAACGCACGUGAUGUUCAUAGUGCUGUACCUGGUCGGGUUCUUCCUGGAGCGUAAACCCUGUACCAUCUGCAGCUUGGUGUUCCUCACGGCCGUCUCACUUAUAUGCUACAGUGGCGUCGGGAACUGCAUAUUUUGGGGCAACUGCGAGGGUCACCAAUGUGAGAAUGGCUAGAGGAUCAUCUCCUCCCACUCUAGUACACCCCAGUAGUCAUAGUCAACGAAGAGAUGAAGUGCUAAUAAUGAUAGAUACCUUAUUUCGGAAUUACGUUCGCGUUGUUACAGCUUUACAUCCUAUAAAUCAGAUAAACCGGAACAGAGCAGGCGGAGAAAAAGGAUAAGGGAACUUGACUAAAUCGGUGAAAUCAGUGAUACAAGUGAUGAGUGAGUCCGACCAGGAACAAAGAUUGUGUGUUUAGAUCCAUAUAUAUUAUUUCCAGCUCCGCAUAUGUUUCCUUCAUAAUUCUUUUGGUUAUGAACUGUAAUUGUAUUCAAGCGUGUGUUUUGUUUUUAAGGCUUAGACGAAUUUAGUUUUAACGAGAGAAAGCGCUACGAAAACGUAUUGUACAUCACCCCACCCAAAAAGACCCCUUAAAAUCAAAAGAACCCCUAUCUACCCCACUUGUCAAUGCAACUUACGAUUAGUCAUAUAUAGUAUAUAUAUAUUAUACAAAAAGUAAUUGUAAAGAAAAUUAAGAAAAAAACAAAACAACACUGCGCAUCCUUGCUGAGCCAACGGAAUCCGCUGACAUCGGUUGUUAUUACCCUGUCUCGUGCACGUGCAAAAACUGUAUAUACAAACAUAUAACUUACACUGAUCAAUAUAUAUAUAUAUUAUAUACAUACAUAAACUGUAAACGAGAGACAAGCACAAAAAUGUAAAAACGAGGUAAACGCGGGAGAUUUAAGCAUAUACAAAAAUAAAUAUUGUUCGAUUUUUGCGAA